GGGCGGGAGCCCCCCGGCCCCUUGCCAAUGGCUGCCGGGGGCCGGCGCUGCCUUGGCCGCUCCCGCCCGGUUCCCGGCCUCCCCGGGGAGGGAGCUGGGGCUGGGAGCCGUGAAAAGGCUCCAUUUAUCCCCUGGCCGCCUCCCUCUCGCCAUGCUCCGCGCCCCGCUGCUGCUCCUGGCGCUGCUGCUGGGCUCGGGUCCCCCCCCCGGCGGCUCCGAGCCCCCCCGGGGCAAGCAGAAGGCGCUGAGGCAGCGGGAGGUGGCGGCCGAGACGUACAAUGGCAUGUGCUUACAAGGCCCCAGUGGUGUUCCUGGACGGGAUGGAAACCCAGGAACCAACGGGAUCCCUGGGACGCCGGGAAUCCCAGGACGGGACGGGCUGAAGGGGGAAAAGGGAGAGUGCAUGCGAGAGAGCGUCGAGGAGUCCUGGACACCCAACUUCAAGCAGUGUUCGUGGAGUGCACUUAAUUACGGCAUAGAUCUUGGGAAAAUAGCAGAAUGUACGUUUACGAAGAUGCGCUCAAACAGCGCGCUGCGAGUUCUCUUCAGCGGAUCGCUUCGGCUAAAAUGCAAAAAUGCCUGCUGUCAGCGCUGGUACUUCACUUUCAAUGGAGCGGAAUGUGCUGGGCCACUUCCUAUUGAAGCCAUAAUAUAUUUAGAUCAAGGAAGUCCAGAACUGAAUUCUACUAUUAAUAUACACCGAACUUCUUCAGUGGAAGGUCUGUGUGAGGGGAUCAACGCCGGCUUGGUGGACAUUGCCAUCUGGGUUGGGACUUGCGCCGAUUAUCCAAGGGGAGAUGCUUCUACUGGAUGGAAUUCAGUCUCCCGUAUCAUCAUUGAAGAAUUGCCAAAAUAACCCUACCUUUUUGUAAUCUCUAUUUUGUACAAUUUUCUAGACAAAUUACAGAGUUGGAUGCAAGUUUUUGACUAAAAGGCACCAAACUCUUUCUUUUGUAGUGUUUGUCUACCUUUUUUUUUGCACAUUGCAGAGGUUUUUUAUAAUAAUCAUUUUAGAAUAUAAAUAUAAAAAACCUUCAUUAACUUUUAUAAUUCCUUUUUUGAUAUAUGAAAACAUACCAACACCAUUUUAGGAGUUAACUGUAAUUUUUUUGUAUCAAAUAAAUAAGACCUUUUACAAAAAAAAAAAA